AUGGAGAUGGGGGAGAGUAAAGGUGGAACCGGCCUCCGCCAGUAUUACUUGUCAAAAAUAGAGGAGUUGCAGUUGACAGUGAAUGAAAAGGGCCAGAAUCUCAGACGUCUGCAGGCACAGAGAAAUGAGCUCAAUGCUAAAGUGCGUCUCCUCCGGGAGGAGCUGCAGCUGCUGCAGGAGCAGGGAUCUUAUGUGGGAGAGGUGGUGAGGGUUAUGGACAAAAAGAAGGUGCUGGUUAAGGUGCACCCAGAGGGAAAGUUUGUUGUGGAUGUGGAUAAGAACAUCGAUAUUAAUGACGUGACUCCAAAUUGCCGCGUGGCUCUACGCAACGACAGCUACACCCUGCAUAAGAUCCUGCCCAACAAGGUGGACCCCCUGGUAUCCCUCAUGAUGGUGGAGAAGGUGCCCGACUCCACAUACGAAAUGAUCGGUGGUCUGGAUAAGCAGAUCAAGGAGAUCAAAGAAGUGAUUGAGCUGCCCGUCAAACACCCGGAGCUUUUUGAGGCUUUGGGAAUAGCACAGCCGAAGGGUGUGCUGCUCUACGGUCCACCAGGCACAGGGAAGACCUUGUUGGCUAGAGCCGUGGCCCAUCACACUGACUGUACCUUCAUCAGGGUGUCCGGCUCUGAACUGGUGCAGAAAUUCAUCGGAGAGGGCGCUCGUAUGGUGCGCGAGCUGUUCGUCAUGGCGAGAGAGCACGCUCCCUCCAUCAUCUUCAUGGACGAGAUCGACUCCAUCGGGUCCUCUCGUCUGGAAGGCGGCUCGGGCGGGGACAGCGAGGUGCAGAGGACAAUGCUGGAGCUGCUCAAUCAGCUGGACGGCUUCGAGGCAACAAAAAACAUUAAGGUCAUCAUGGCCACCAAUCGUAUCGACAUCUUGGACUCAGCUCUGCUCAGACCAGGAAGGAUUGACAGGAAGAUCGAGUUCCCCCCUCCCAAUGAAGAGGCCCGUCUGGACAUCCUGAAGAUCCAUUCCAGGAAGAUGAACCUGACGCGUGGCAUUAAUCUGAGAAAGAUCGCAGAGCUGAUGCCUGGAGCCUCUGGAGCUGAGGUUAAGGGAGUCUGCACAGAGGCAGGGAUGUAUGCGCUGAGAGAAAGGAGAGUUCACGUCACCCAGGAGGACUUUGAGAUGGCUGUGGCAAAGGUCAUGCAAAAGGACAGUGAGAAGAACAUGUCUAUCAAGAAACUGUGGAAGUAA